AUGGAGAAUACUGAAAGGUCCUGCGGUAUCUGGAACGAGGCUGUGGACAAGUACAAAUCGGAGACGAAAGCCGACUCGUUGCGCUUUGGCUCUUCAAGUUGGGGCACUACCGCCAGCGCAGAGGCUAUCCUGACAGCGAUUGCAGGGAAUUGGAAGGAUUUUAAGGACAGUCGGACGAAGAGAAAGUGCCAUCUGCUGGAUGUAGUGAGGCCUGUCGUGAAGAUCGCAGGGAAUCGGAAAGAUUUUGAGGACAGUCGGGUGAAGAGAAAGUGUCUGAUCGAUGCAUUGAGGCCUGUCGUGGAGGUCGUGCAGCUGAUGGCGGAGGUAGCAGGAGAAGGUGCGAGCUUGACUUUCGCUCCGGGAAAGACGAUAUUCGUUGCCAUUAGGAUAUUGCUUAAGGCCUCCAACAAAGUCAGACACAGCUACGACUCGGUGAUUGACAUCUUUGAGAGCCUCGGCAGCUUCCUCGGCCGCUUGACCUUGUGCCUGGAACCCAAUAUUUCGAGUCCGAUGAAGGAGGUGAUCAUUAAGAUUCUCGCUCGCCUUCUGUCGAUCUUGGGAGUGGCGACUAGGCUCAUAAGGGAAACCCGUGCGGUCACGUACUUCAAAACUUUGAUCGGAAAGAACAGCGAGGUUCAAGCCGCGCUGGAGAAAUUGGAGAAGCUAGCUGCUCAGGAAGGUCGAGUGGUUGUAACUGCUACGCUUUCGGCGGCGAGUGAGAUACUCUCGGAGCUGGAGACCAGAAUGAAAGCCGAUCAACAGGACGCGAACGCAAUCAAGACCAUGCUGAUGAAGAUCGCUCAGGAAGCCGAGGCGAUAUCUGGUAGCUCCCAAGAGAGUCGAAUCAUGCUCGAAGAAAUCCGGGAGCAAAUCAUGAACAGUACAGAGAAAGUAUUUCCAUAUCUUUCCAAUCGGUAUCGUUACAAAGUCCAUCAAUGGCUGUCAGCACCGUCUCCAGUGUCAAACAACGAGAACAAUGGGAGCGUGCGAGAAGCCGGGACCGGAUCGUGGUUUCUCCAAUCUACGGAGUACAAUCAUUGGAAGACCAAGAGUAACUCCCUAUUAUGGGUUUCAGGUGGCCCUGGGUCUGGAAAGAGCGUGUUGUCUUCCACCAUCAUAAGGGACAUCGAGUUUGACUCUGAAGUCGACUCGUCUAUUUCGCUUGCCUACUUUUACUUCGACUUAAGGCAGCCAGAGAAAGAGCAGUGUCUAGGGCUUAUCUCGUCGCUCGUUGAUCAGCUUGCUUCACGUUGCUCGGACAUGCCUGCCGCUCUGGAGUGGCUCUAUGGUAUCCAUCGGAAUGGGAUGGAGCAACCGACGCUGCACAAUCUAGUCGCAGCCUUGAAGGAGAUGAUAGUGAACAUCGCCUGCAGCGUUUACAUCGUUAUCGACGCUCUUGAUGAAUGCUCAGAGCGGAAUAAUCUCAUGGCUCUCAUCGAGGAAAUCACACAGUGGAACCUUGAUAAUAUACAUAUGCUGCUCACGAGCCGAAAGGAAGAGGACCUGAAUCGUCUCUUGAUGCCGCUGUCAGCAGAGGUUACUCUCGAGAGCUCUAUCGUGGAUAGAGACAUUGCAUUUCAUAUUCGUGCCGUCUUGCAGAAUGACCGAGACUUUUCGAAGUGGCAGCCACCACAGAAGCUGGAAAUUGAAACCAGGGUGACGAGCGGUGCACACGGAAUGUUCCGACGGGUAUCUUGCCAGUUGGACAGUAUUCGAGGAUGUCCUAACGCAAGAAUGUUGGCAAAAUCCCUAGCCACCUCGCCAAGGACCUUGUACAAAACAUACGACACGAUCCUUAACCGCAUCGACGACCAGGAUUUUAAGUAUGUUCAGACCACACUGCAGUGGCUCGCAUUCUCGAUGCGCCCGGUCAAGCUGGAGGAGGUUGUGGAAGCACUGGCCGUGGAUUUCGACAGCGUCCCUUUACGAUUCGCACCGGAGUAUCGCUUCCCUGAACCCCGAUAUAUUCUCACUAUUUGUUCCAGUUUGGUCACACUUUCCGGAACUGGUGUUCUAGGACUCUCGCAUAUCUCCGUUAAGGAGUAUCUUGACGGUAACAUUACCGAACCCAGUAUUCAACACUAUUCAUUCAAUGCCCUGAUCGCCCACGAAUUCAUAGCCCAAGCGUGUAUUGCAUAUUUAAUGCAGUUCACGCACUCUGUGGACAUCGAACGCUUCCCCCUCGCUCUCUAUGCAGCAGAGCAUUGGAUGAACCAUGCUGGACCCACUCAUAACGAUGCCGUGGCCGACCUUGCUUUCGAUCUUCUCCAGGCUCACAGCAUGGUUUUUGUCAAUUGGGUCCGAAUUUAUGACGUGGAUCGCGAUUCCAAUAACACAGAACUAUCACGACCACCCGAUGAUAUUCCUCCUCCCCUCUACUACGCAGCAAGGGCAGGAUUCGUCAGAGUAUCAAAGAAAUUGCUCGAGAAUGGGGCCGACGUGAGUGCGCAAGGCGGCGUAUACGGGAACGCGCUCCAGGCGGCGUCGGUUGGUGGUCACAGCGCUGUCGUGCAGCAGCUGCUCGAGAACGGGGCCGACGUGAAUGCACAGGGUGGCAGAUACGGGAAUGCGCUCCAGGCAGCAUCGGUUGGCGGCCACAACGCUGUCGUGCAGCAGCUGCUCGAGGCAAUGAGUACUGACAAGAAGAAACCAAACGAUGAGCCCGUUUUGGAGCAAGACAGCAAGUUCUUCGAUGGCUUCGCCGACUUAUGGACCAUCUUCGUGGUGACUUGCUCCUCAUUGCUCCCCAUCAGUCAAGUUCGUAUCGUGGUUGAAGAAUCUGUCCUUGACCAUUUUACGUACUUCCGAGAGCUCCGCGAGGCAGAUCAGCGUGCAGAUGAUGACUUGAUGGGUGUCGUCCGGAGAAUCAUCGAGGAGUGGAAAACCAUGGGUGCAUUACUAUUCGCCUUGGCAGCGCUUGAUGCUGCAGUUUUUGGUUUCUCUCGUGAUGGUACUAUUUUUACCGUGAAUGAAGGAUCGAAGUAUGCGAUUGCCAUGUCAAGCGUCGCUGCCUGCGUUGGUGGCGUUGUUGAUGUAUGUUUCCUCAUCCGCUAUAGUUCAUGUGAUGCAGCUCUUUUCCAGUCCUACGCUAAAGAUGUCUUGAAAUCAUAUCUCUUCUUCUCCCUCUCCUCUCGAAUUCCCGCAUUUUCAGUCUUGGUAGCUGUAACAUCGCUCGCCGUCUUCAUGUGCAUGGUGGUCUACACUAUCGCCCCUACCCUCGUCAUUGCUUUUAUCAUUUUUACUCUCAUCAUUCGCUUCGGGAAUCCUCUCUUUUGGGUACUGUACCAAAUUGCGUAUGUUGUGAAUCUUGCCAUGGAUUGGGUUUUCGAAAAGUUUGGGGUAAUCCGGAGGACUGUUUUGGAUAGAAUCUCCCAAUGGUUCCAGUACAUUAUGCACCAAAUUCGUCCAUAG